CAGCACUGACCACCGAGGACUCUGCUUCUUCGUCUUUGGGUUUUUUUUAUUGUGACUCUGCAAGCGACGUUUUUGUGCAUUACCUUUAGUUAAAUUCGUUGUUAAGCCUAUAGUUUAAUUGUUUAAUUUAUUGUGAUGGCCGAAUUCCUGGAUUCUGAGGCCGAGGAAUCGGAGGAGGAGGAAGAAUUGGACGUGAACGAGCGCAAGAAGCUGAAGAAGCUGAAAGCCGCCGUCUCCGACAGUAGCGAAGAAGAAGAAGAUGACGAGGAGCGUCUGCGCGAGGAACUCAAGGAUCUUAUCGACGACAAUCCUAUCGAGGAGGAUGAUGGCAGUGGAGAUGACUCGGACACCAGAAGUGGUGGUGACACCGAAGGCGGUGGGAGUGGCAAGAAGCGCAAAAAGCACGAGGACGACGAUCUUGACGAUCGACUAGAGGACGACGACUACGAUCUGAUUGAAGAGAACUUGGGCGUCAAAGUCGAGAGACGGAAACGGUUUAAACGCCUGCGUCGCAUCCACGACAACGAGAGCGAUGGCGAGGAGCAGCACGUGGACGAAGGACUUGCCCGCGAACAGAUUGCCGAACAGCUGUUCGACGAAAACGAUGAGAGCGUUGAGCAUCGAAGCGAGCGCAGUCCCAGGGAGGCGGACGCAUUCGACGAGGAGGACUCGGAGUCAGAUGCGGACGAUUUCAUUGUUGACGAUAACGGACGUCCUAUAGCUGAAAAGAAAAAGAAGCGUCGUCCCAUUUUCACAGAUGCAUCACUGCAAGAGGGCCAGGACAUCUUUGGCGUGGACUUUGACUACGAUGACUUCUCCAAGUACGAGGAGGACGAGUACGAGGACGACUCCGAGGGGGAUGAGUACGACGAGGAGCUGGGCACCGGCGAUGAUAUGCGUGUCAAGAAGAAGAAGUCGCUGAAGAAGAAGGUGGCCAAGAAGACGAUCUUCGACAUUUACGAGCCGAGCGAGCUGAAGCGCGGACACUUCACCGACAUGGACAACGAGAUCCGCAAAACGGAUAUACCCGAGCGCAUGCAGCUGCGCCAGGUGCCCGUGACCCCAGUGCCCGAGGGCUCUCACGAACUGGACCUCGAGGCGGACUGGAUCUACAAGUUCGCCUUUUGCAAGCAAACCGUUUCCGAGCAGGAGAAGGCCGAGAACCGCGAGAAGCCGCGCAAGCCGCCGACGGCCGUGAACAAGAUCAAACAGACCCUGGAGUUUAUCCGCAACCAGCAGCUGGAGGUGCCCUUCAUCGCCUUCUAUCGCAAGGAGUACGUCAAGCCGGAGCUGAACAUCGACGAUCUGUGGAAGGUGUACUACUACGACGAGCGCUGGUGCCAGCUGAACGAGCGGAAGCGCAAGCUAAAGGUGCUCUUCGAGAAGAUGCGCCAGUUUCAGUUGGACACGCUCUGCGCCGACCCAGAGAAACCCGUUCCGGACGACGUGCGCCUGAUGCUGGACAGCGACUUCGAACGCCUGGCCGAUGUGCAGUCCAUGGAGGAGCUGAAGGACGUGCACAUGUACUUCCUGCUCAACUACUCGCACGAGUUGCCGCGCAUGCAGGCGGAGCAGCGGCGCAAGGUGAUCCAGGAGCGACGCGAGGCCAAGGCCCGUCGACAGGCGGCAGCCGCCGAGAACGGCGACGAUGCGGCCGAGGGCGCUGCGAUUGUAAUUCCCGAGCCCGAAGACGACGACGACCCCGAGUUGAUAGACGACCAGCUGAAGCAGGCGCCAAACAGCAGUCCAUACGCGGUGUUCCGCAAGGCGGGCAUCUGCGGCUUCGCCAAGCGCUUCGGCCUCACGCCGGAGCAGUUUGCCGAGAACCUGCGCGACAACUACCAGCGCAACGAGGUCACCCAGGAGAGCCUCGGGCCCACGGAGCUGGCCAAGCAGUAUCUGUCGCCGCGCUUCAUGACCACCGACGAGGUGCUUCGCGCAGCCAAAUACGUUGUGGCCCGCCAGCUGGCGCAGGAGCCCCUGCUGCGCAAAACGAUGCGAGAGGUGUACUUCGACAGGGCCCGGAUAAAUAUACGGCCCACCAAGAAUGGUAUGGUGCUCAUCGACGAGAACUCGCCGGUGUACUCGAUGAAGUACGUGGCCAAGAAGCCGGUGGGCGAUCUCUUCGGCGAUCAGUUCAUCAAGCUGAUGAUGGCCGAGGAGGAGAAGCUGCUGGAGAUCACCUUCCUCGAGGAGUUCGAGGGCAAUGCGAACGCCAACGGACCCCCGGGCGACUAUGUGGAGGAGUCGAAGGCCCUGUACCAUCUGGAUCAGUUCUCGAAGCAUGUGCUCGAGUGGAAUACGCUGCGGGCGGAGUGCGUGAAGCUGGCGAUGCAGAAGUGGGUUAUCCCCGAUCUGAUCAAGGAGCUGCGCUCCACCCUGCACGAGGAGGCGCAGCAGUACGUGCUCCGAGCCUGCACCGGCAAGCUCUACAAGUGGCUGAAGGUGGCGCCCUACAAGCCGGAGCUGACCAACGACUAUAACUACGAGGAUUGGAGCACGCUGCGCGGAAUACGGGUGCUGGCUUUGGCCUAUGAUCCCGACCAGUCGGUGGCCGCUUUCUGCGCGGUGACCACCGUGGAGGGCGAAAUCUCCGACUACCUGCGGCUGCCGAACAUCCUGAAGCGCAAGAACUCGCACAACGCCGAGGAGAAGGCCCAGAAGCUGGCCGACCUGCGAAAGCUGAGCGACUUCAUUAAGAUGAAGAAGCCGCACAUCGUGGUCAUCGGAGCGGAGUCGCGCGACGCCCAGAACAUCCAGACGGACAUCAAGGAGAUACUCAAGGAGCUCAACGAGAACUCGUCGGAGCAGUUUCCGCCCAUCGAGGUGGAGAUCAUCGACAACGAGCUGGCCAAGAUCUACGCCAACUCGAAGAAGGGCGAGUCGGACUUCAAGGAGUACCCGGCGCUGCUGAAGCAGGCGGUUUCGCUGGCACGCAAGAUGCAGGACCCGCUGGUGGAGUACUCGCAGCUGUGCGAUGCCGACGACGAGAUCCUCUGCCUGCGCUAUCAUCCGCUGCAGGAGCGAGUGCCGCGCGAGCAGCUGCUGGAGCAGCUCAGCCUGCAGUUCAUCAACCGGACCAGCGAGGUGGGACUGGACAUCAACCUGAUGGUGCAGAACUCGCGGACCGUCAACCUGCUGCAGUACACCUGCGGUUUGGGUCCGCGCAAGGGUCAGGCGCUGCUGAAGCUGCUCAAGCAGAGCAACCAGCGGCUGGAGAACCGCACGCAACUGGUCACCGUGUGCCAUCUGGGGCCGAAGGUCUUCAUCAACUGCAGCGGGUUCAUCAAGAUCGAUACCUCGUCCCUGGGCGACAGCACGGAGGCGUACGUGGAGGUGCUGGACGGGUCGCGUGUCCAUCCGGAGACGUACGAGUGGGCCCGCAAGAUGGCCAUCGAUGCCAUGGAGUACGACGACGAGGAGACCAAUCCGGCCGGCGCUCUCGAGGAGAUCCUCGAGUCGCCGGAGCGCCUAAAGGACCUCGAUCUGGACGCCUUCGCCGUGGAGCUGGAGCGCCAGGGCUUCGGGAGCAAGAGCAUCACCCUGUACGACAUCCGUAACGAGCUGAGCUGCCUGUACAAGGACUACCGCCAGCCGUACACCAAGCCCAGUGCCGAGGAGCUCUUCGACAUGCUGACCAAGGAGACACCCGACUCCUUCUACGUGGGCAAGUGCGUCACGGCCAUGGUCACCGGCUUCACCUACCGCCGGCCGCAGGGCGAGCAGCUGGACAACGCGAACCCGGUGCGCAUCGAGUCCAGCGACAGCUGGCAGUGUCCCUUCUGUCACAAGGACGACUUUCCCGAGCUGUCCGAGGUGUGGAACCACUUCGACGCGAACGCCUGCCCGGGCCAGGCGUCCGGAGUGCGGGUGCGCCUGGAGAACGGCCUGCCGGGCUUCAUACACAUCAAGAACCUGUCCGACAAGCAGGUGCGCAAUCCGGAGGAGCGCGUCCGCGUCUCCCAGAUGAUCCAUGUGCGCAUCAUCAAGAUCGACAUCGAUCGCUUCUCGGUGGACUGUUCCUCGAAGUCGGCCGAUCUGAAGGACGUGAACAACGAGUGGCGGCCGCGACGGGACAACUUCUACGACUUCGUCACCGAGGAGCUGGACAACCGGAAGGCCAGCGAAGCCAAGGCGAAGGCGCUGAAGCGCAAGACCUACGCCCGCCGCGUCAUCGCCCAUCCGAGCUUCUUCAACAAGUCGUACGCGGAGGUGGUGUCCAUGCUGGCGGAGGCCGACCAGGGCGAGGUGGCCCUGCGGCCGAGCAGUAAGUCGAAGGACCAUCUGACUGCCACCUGGAAGGUGGCCGACGGCAUCUUCCAGCACAUCGAUGUGCGCGAGGAGGGCAAGGAGAACGAGUACAGCCUGGGCAGGAGUCUGUGGAUCGGCACCGAGGAGUUCGAGGACCUGGACGAGAUCAUCGCUCGCCACAUCACGCCGAUGGCGUUGGCUGCCCGCGAACUGAUUCACUACAAGUACUACAAGCCCAACACGGCGGCGACGGGCAACGACAAGGAGCGCGAGUUUAUGGAGCAGGUGCUGCGCGACGAGAAGACCAAGGACCCCAAGAAGAUCCACUACUUCUUUACGGCCUCGCGCAGCAUGCCGGGCAAGUUCCUGCUCUCCUAUCUGCCCAAGACGAAGGUGCGCCACGAGUACGUGACGGUGAUGCCGGAGGGCUAUCGUUUCCGCGGCCAGAUCUUCGACUCUGUCAACAGUUUGUUGCGCUGGUUCAAGGAGCACUGGCUCGAUCCGACCGCCUCGCCGGCCGCCGCCUCCUUGGCUUCCAACUCGACGCCCAUGCACUCGAUGCGACCGCCGCCGACAAUGUCCACCGGCCCGUCGUCGCUGGGCUCCCAGGCGCCGUACAGCAUCACGGGCAGCGUGACGGGCGGAACGCCUCGGAGCGGCAUCAGCAGUUCCGGUGGCGGUGGCGGCGGCUCCAGCGCCUACUCCGUAUCGCAUUCCAUUGUCGGCUACAGCUCCUCGUCGGGUGGCUCGGCCGCUGCGGCUGCUGCUGCGGCGGCUGCCUCGCACUACGGCAGCUCGUCGACGCCGUCGUUCGGAGCCAUCAUUAAUACGCCGUACACGCCCAGCGGCCAGACGCCGUUCAUGACGCCCUACACGCCGCACGCCUCGCAGACACCCCGCUACGGCCACAACGUGCCGAGUCCCAGCUCACAGUCGUCGAGCAGCCAGCGGCACCACUACGGCGGAAGCUCCGGAACGGGCAGCACGCCCAGGUAUUAUGACAUGGGUGGAGGAGGAGGCGGAGGCGGUGGCGGUGGCGGCUCGAAUGCCUACAAUAUGGGUGGCGGCAACAUGCCGCCGCAUCACCAGCAACGUGCCAAAGAGAACCUCGACUGGCAGCUGGCCAACGAUGCCUGGGCCAGACGCAGGCCGCAGCAGCAGCAGCAGCAGUCGUCGCAUCAUCCGCAGCAGCAGCACCACCAACAGCAGCAAAUGGGGAUGGGCAUGAGCAUGAGCAUGGGCUUGGGAAUGGGUCCCGGAGGAGGAGGAGGAGGCGGAGGCGGGGGCUAUGGGUCGACACCUGGCAACGAUUACAAUAGCGGCGGUGGACACAGUCGGGGAAUGGGCGUUAACCACGGAGCCGUAUCGUCCAUGUCCUCGAAGGCGUCCGUGCGCAGCACUCCACGCACCAACACCUCACCCCACUCCAUGAAUCUGGGCGACGCCACGCCCCUCUACGACGAGAACUAGGCCGUCGGACUAAACCACCACAAACUGGAAGCAAAAACCUUUCCUAAAAACAAUACUAAACGAGAAGUGUUAUUUUUAGCAUCGAGUUUUUGUAUUUGGAAGGAGAAGAAGCUGCAUUAAUCUUAGAAAGUGCGAGCGCGAUUUCGCAUUGAUCCUCAACGAUAUUUACCUUUAAGAGGAAGUCGCUAACUGAUUCGCGGUACACGCAAAAAAGAAAAUUAUAUAUAUAUAUAUAUAACUACCUUAAACAAAGAUCGAGGGGCGCCUGCCGAUUAAGUCAACCGAGGAGUCAUCCGGGGAGCGAAAACGGCUUGGCUGGUGCAAGGAUGGAAGGAGGAGCAAUCAGGUUUAUGACGACGGAAAGACGAAAAAUAAAUUUGAAUUUUUUCUGACCAGAA